UCGACAUAUUUCAAGUUCUCAUUUCAUAGUGCAGCAUUUAAUUGUUUAAAUUACCUGAACCGACAUGGAAUAGAUCUGAGUCAAAAUGCAUUUUUUGUUUCGUAUCAUCGUUGUUCAGCUCCUUAUAGUGUUCGCAAAAGGCCAGCGAUGUCCUUUCAAUUGGUUCGGAUACAACCAACAGAGCAAAUGUUACCGGUUUUUCACUAGCGAUGGAAUGUCCUGGAACGACGCAAGGGGGGUGUGUCAAAUACACGGAGGAGAUUUGCUCAGGAUCGACUCUGCACAAGAACUGAACUAUAUUAAUAAUCAGCUCAAAUACAGACAGCAGCAUAAUCAUGUCCCAGCUUCCAACUGGUGGAUAGGCCUUAAUAAUGCAGAGUACAUCACAUCCUGGACCUGGGCAGACAACACACAAGUUGGCUCAUUUAUUACGGCAAAAUGGGCCCGAGGUGCUCCAAACAACGCCAACGGCUCUGAGAGAUGUGGCGAGAUUGUCAAUGGAAACCAGUUUAACGAUGAAGAUUGCAGCGAUCAUAACAAAUUCAUUUGUUACAGAGACCGGGGUGUUCCAUUGUUGUGCGAUGCCGAUCGUGGCUGGCAGUCCUUGAAUGGAGCUUGUUAUAAAGUCCAAACAGAUCACAAGACGUUUGCCCAAGCAAGGCAAGUGUGUAAGAGGCAGAACUCUGACCUUGUGACCAUACAGAACAUAAAUGAUCAGCAAGCCAUGCAUGACUAUGCUGUUACCAACCACCAGCCUUUCUGGAUUGGAUUACAAGCGCUGCAUCCUCGGGGAGCACCUGUCACGUGGGCAUGGGUUAAUGGCACAUCGACGACACCUGUCACCAACACCUAUUGGCAUGACAACAGGCCACCUGGUAUUGGCAGGGGAACCUGUGCAGUGGUACUGAAUCAGGUCGAUUUGAACCACAGUUGGCUGCCUAAUCAGUGUACGCAAACUCGGGCCUAUGUGUGCCGCAAACCAGAGGGGACAUGUAUGCCAGGCUGGCUCGGUCAUGGUCGAUUCUGUUACCAGUUUAAUGUGCACUAUCGAGUCAACUAUAACGCAGCAGUGUCCUUCUGCCAACAAGAAGGUUCACAGCUUUUAAAAGUGGAUGGUGCGACGACCCAGACUUUUGUGAACAGCUAUUUACAAGAGAUGAAGGACAGUGGUGUUGGCAGCAUAUGGAUUGGAGCUUCAGAUGAUGGCAGGAAUGGCACUAAUGCUUUUAAAUGGCGAGACCACACAAACAUAGGAUACUCCCACUGGAUGGGAAAUCACACUCCAGCAAGCGUUGCACACAGGACACAAUGUUCCUAUAUGGCCACAUCUGAGAGGAAUGGGUUCUGGCACGCAACAACCAACUGUAACACGAACAAGCAGUUUGUCUGCAGGAUCCAGAUGGGACGUCGGGUACUUGCCCUUAAAACCACACCCAGGCCGACGUACGGAUGUCCAAGUGGCUGGCGCCAGCAACAAUCAAACUGCUUCAAGGCUGGAGACCGCUCAUUAACCUGGACCCUCGCUCGCCAGGCGUGUAGGAAUAUGUCAGUCGGGGCAGAUCUCGCAGUUAUCAAUGUUGGUUCUGAUCAGUCUGUGGUUAACAGAUUAUUGCAGUCUGGAAUUAUAUAUUGGAUUGGUCUAAACGACAGACAACAGGACGGCGUCUAUGUGUGGAAUGACGGUCAAGCGCUAAGCUCUUAUACAAACUGGGCUCCCACACAGCCAAAUAACUUACGACUGCAGCAAAACUGUGUCGGCAUUGAAAAUAAUCAGUGGAAUGAUUUUGAGUGUCGCUCUCUCCGACAAUUUGUGUGCUCCAAAGUAGCAGACAGUGUAUAUCCCAGCUUACCGCCAACAACUCCGGCAAGGGACUGGACGGUGAAAUGUGGUCCCGGCUGGGAGAGCAAUCCCCUGUCCGCGUACUGCUACAUGUUCGUGGAUAAACCCCUGUCUUGGCUGGAUGCACACUCUGAGUGCACAAGCCUCCGUGGGGGUCACCUUGUGUCCAUAGAGUCUGCCUCUGAACAGUCAUAUGUUGCUGGAAAGGUCCAAUCCCUGAACUCUCUGGCAGUGUGGACAGGGGCCAAUGAUCGGGCGACAGAAGGGGGUUGGCAGUGGAUUGGCGGGGCUCCUUUUGCUUUCUUCAACUGGGCUGAUGGUCAGCCAGACGGGGCAGGGGGUAAUGGCACCGACUGUGUUGCCAUGUUCACUCAGACUGGUUUAUGGGAUGACCUUGACUGCAGUGCCCGCAAUGGCUUCGUCUGCGAAAAACUUGGAAAUGUACCACCUACAACUGCAGUCGCCACUACAACACCUAGAGUACCAGCUGGUAAGGUCCUAGGAUGUGAUGUAGGCUGGUUGCCAUUCCAGUCAAGCUGUUUCAGGAUAUUCCAGGGACCACGCUCGUGGUCUAAUGCCCAACUUGCCUGCCACUAUAACGGGGCAGAGCUUACAAGUAUACGCAAUAGGGCUGAACAGAACUUUCUUCAGGGAAACCUUCCCAAACCUAAGCUCUCCUGGGAUGGGUUUUGGAUCGGGCUCAAUGACCAGCAGACUGACAACCGGUUUUUGUGGACAGAUGGAAGUACGGUGACAUACACUAAGUGGAACAUCAACGAGCCAAACAACUAUAUGAACAGAAAUGAAGACUGUGUGGAAAUGAGGCUAGCAAGUGGUCGCUGGAACGAUGAGGUGUGUUCCAUGGUUCGUCCUGGCUUCAUCUGCCGGAAGGCCAAACAUGCCGUGUCCGCCACCCAGGCACCUUACUCUGUAGGCUGUCCACAGGCUGCCAGAGGUUAUGGAGUACUUUGUUACCGAAUGAUCAACUUCGGGGCGCCACUCAACUAUAACCAGGCCUCAAACUUUUGUCAAACUCGUUUCAACGGCACAUUGGCUACUAUUUAUGGACGGGUGCUGCAGGCAUUUAUCACCUCCAUGCUGAACUAUCAGCAGGGAAACUUUUUGAUAGGACUGACUGACAAGAAAACACCUGGGACCUUUUACUGGGCAGCAGGAAAUCCUGUUGGCUACACAAACUGGGUAUCAAGCCACACAGGAAAUGAGCAGAACACAUGUGUUGCCAUGCAAACAUCCGUCCCUGCAGGUCUGUGGAAGACUGUGGAUUGUAACCAAGGCAACCGAUUUAUCUGCCAGUUUUCGAGGACAGGCUUCACCCUGCCACCCACCACCCCUACCCUAUUCCCAAAUACUCCCUGCCCCACAGGAUAUACUGCUGAUGGUCCGUAUUGUCUACAUGCCAUUACUGCUUUAAAUGCCCGAAGGACGUGGAUGAGUGCUCGAUCUUACUGUCAGGCACUUGGUGGAGAUCUGCCCAGUUUCCAUAGCAACUACAAUGAUUCAAUCCUGACCACAAUGCUAGCGAAGUACAAGGGUAUGUCAUUCUGGAUUGGGCUCAAUGACCGAGACACAGAAGCUGGUUAUGUAUGGAGUGACGGGACGGGCGUCGACUAUACAAACUGGAACUCCAAUGAGCCCAAUGAUUUUAAGGGCCAGGAGGAUUGCGUCCUGUAUCAGACAUUAUCCAAUAAAUGGAACGACAACACAUGCUACCUGGCACAGGCCUAUAUCUGCGCACUACCUAGGGGAACCACGCUGAGCAGAGUCACAAUACCUCCAAAGUUCCAGCACUCAUCCCUAUGUGGUAGUGACCCAAGCUGGCUGUACUACAACAACAGCUGUUACAUGGUGAGCCCAAGAUCGGGUGACAACUCUUCUGUUAACUGGUAUGAUGCCCAGGCCUACUGUAACGCUGCGCAGUCCAAUCUAGCCUCCAUUCACGACCUCAACGAGAACAACUUCCUUACAAGUAUCGUUGGAAAUACAGCAAAGAAUGAGUACUGGUUGGGAUUGAAUGCCCUGGACAAUAAUGGAUUCAAAUGGAUAGAUGGAAUGCCACUGGGCUUCAUCAACUGGAAUCCCGGCCAGCCCGAUAACUAUAUGGGUGGUGAGAAGUGUGUCGUCCUCCGCAAGUAUAACUCAUUCUGGAAUGAUCAACAUUGUGACUCGCCAGACCAAGGGUUUGUGUGCAAGAAGCCAGCACAGGGGGUGGCCAAGGUUGUGGUGCCUUCUCCCUUCCCCCCUGGUGGAUGUCCCCAUGCCUUUGUUCGCGUACCAGGAGGACGUAACAAAUGUUUCCUGAUUGGAGGCAAGCAACCUACAGACCGGCUCAACUUCACCGCAGCUGUCAACUUCUGCCGCCAUUUUGGUCCUGGAUAUGACAUUGUGUCUGUUGAAGACAAGUUUGAACAACAGUUCAUAAUCACCAUGACGAAUGGGUGGCGCAACAGUUUCUGGAUUGGACUUUCCGACCGUGUACACAACAAUCAGUUCUUCUGGCAAGAUAACACGCCACUCGUGUACACAAACUGGGACAGGGGUGAACCAACCAGCGCACAGAAAAAUGCCCAAAACAAAGAGAUUCAAAGCUGUGUGGUUAUGCGGAUGUACCGUAAAGGGUUUGAGGGGCGCUGGGCAGACACCGACUGUUCACAGUCGCAGGGAUAUGUUUGCCAGACGAGACAGGUUCCAUCCCUUGCCAUCGUCACACCGGCCAGUCAGUGCACACGUGCGGGAUAUGUCCAGUACAGGAAGAGCUGCUAUAGACCCAGUAUACCCAGCGAUGCACGCACAUGGUCAGAUGCCCAGUCUAUUUGCCAAAAUGAAGGGGGGAAUCUCGUCUGCAUCCAGAGUGUAUUCGAGUCUGCUUUUGUACACAGCCUCAUCAGUCAAAACUACUCCUACUGGAUUGGUCUCUCUGAUACCAAGAUUAAGGGUCUGUAUGGCUGGGCAGAUGGUUGGCCAGUGGGGUAUACCAACUGGGGAUGGAAGGAGCCCUCAUAUAAUCAGCAAGGCACCGGGUGUGUUGUUGCCAACACUAAUGGCAAGUGGAAUGAUACAAGCUGUACACGUCUCAUGCGAUACGUCUGUGAAAUAUCCUCUGUACCGCCCCCGACCACCCUUCCACCAGCUGGGUCUUGUUUGGAUAAGGACUAUGUACCCAAUGGCGAUUUCUGUUACAAGGCUUUUGUCAACCAAGGGAGGUCCUGGCCAGAGGCAGAUCGAGAGUGCUCUCAUGCUGGUGGCAACAUAGCAUCCAUCCACUCCCAGUCAGAAAUGGACUUUGUGUUCUAUCUUGUCCAACAAGCCAAGGUGACAAACCCACAGUAUCAACCCAACAUUUGGCUGGGUCUGGAACAGGGAGGGCAAGGUGGGUACACAUGGACGGACGGUAGUGCGGUGAACUUUGUACGGUGGACCCCGGGUGAGCCAACACUGCUGGGAGCGCAUGGACAGGUAGAGGAGUGUAUUGAGUUUGAUCGCACCAAGGGCACAUGGAAUGACAUCAGCUGCUACACGAACAGGGGUUACGUCUGCAAAUCUCAGAGAAUAUUGUCCACUAAGCCCCCCGUGGCCACUCCCAGUGCUGGAGGUUUGAUUGUGAACCAGGGCAAUGAUUCUUUUGUCACUUACAAGGCUCAGACUGGUCCUAUCGCCCUGCGUACAGGCCAGGGUUACACCCAACUCCCUGGAAUCAGUGUGCCUUACAAACCAGGCAGCCAGCAACAACUGCAGCAGGGCAACAAUGGCAAUAAUGUGCAGACAAGUAGUUCCAACCUGGGCAUGAGUAAUGGUGGAAUAGCGGGCGUGGUGCUUGGGUGUAUCAUUGCAAUCGCUCUUAUAGCAGUAGCUUUAAUACUUCUCAAGAGGCGGGGAGUUAUCAAGGCCCCUCCCCUCGGCGAAACAGGAAAUCUCGGGUUCGACAAUGCUAUGUAUAGCAGAAGUGAUGAUAGUGUUAAAUUAGACUCAGAUGCUUGAACAUAUAUCGGGUUCAGAUUUCAAAACUGAGCUAUAGAUGUAUGCACUUUAUUCUUGCAAACAAUGCAAACCAUGUCUCUAUGUGCAUAUAUAUGUGUUUAAACAUUUUUGCUUCCAUAAAGGAAUGACAUUGUUUUGAGCAUUGAAUGGUUUGUUUGUAGAUGUAUAAUUGUGAAGUGUGAGCAUUGCUCUUCAUGACAGCAGAUUAAGUGAAACUUUCAUUACCUGUUGAAGAGAUUUUUAACAGAAUUCGAGAAAGAAAAAUGAAAUAACAAUAUUCUUAUUCUUACAACAUCGAAAAUUUGCCCCAACAUUGAUACAUUUUUUCUUCUAAAAGUUGAAAGGGAAAGGUCUAAUUUUAAAUUGCUUUAUUAUGUUAUUGACAUAUUGUUCGCAAGAACAAAUAAAUUGACCAUUGAUUGUAUCUGAUGUACAAAAAAGCUUGUCAUUUUGUCCAGCCUUUGGUUAUAUUGAAUUUUGCUGCAUGGGGAUCCGUAUUAAUUAUUGUAUCAUUUAAAGGAAUAUUGCUUAAAGAUAACUAAAAUGUAAAUGUCAAAAAUACACUUCAAAUAAAGUAAUAGCAGUUUGUACGAGGGUUCUUUAUUUAAACUUUAAUUACAUGAAGGAACCUAUUUUCAAGGUUUUUAGUAUUAUUCUUGCAUAUUUUUCACCACACAUUCAUGUGUAAAACCAUUCAAAAUGAUAACAAAAUAUGGGAUCCCCGAAACUAAAAUUCACCUUAUGUUACUUUGGAAACGUCAGGUCAGAUUGUUGGUUUACACUCAGCAUGGUAGACAGCAUUUAUAUUAUGUAUUAUUGCUACUGCAUCAUACUUCAUUCCAUGCACUUGAACUUUGUUUAUUAUAUGCUUGGUUCUUUACCAAAUAGUUCCAUUAAAAACAAUUUGCAUUGAAACUAUUCAUUCAUACGUGCACUUGAACUUUGUUUAUUAUGUGCUUGGUUCCUUACCAAAUAGUUCCAUUAAAAACAAUUUGCAUUGAAACCAUUUGUUUAUACUGGAACACUUCAUUUUAUAUGAUACGCAUGUAAUGAUUAACGGUAUACCUAGUUAACAUAUUAUUUUAUUAUCUUGUAUUGAAUAAUCGUGUAAUGGCGGUUUUACAAGUCCAAUCUUUGGAACAAUAUGUGAAAUGUGCAAUAUCAGUCCAGUUGCAAUACUGUUUUAUAUUUGUUAAUUGUAAAAAAAAUAUAUUGUGCAAUACAAAUUUAAUCAAA